CAGCGUGCAGGGCUGGACGUGAGGAUGGGGCACUCUUUGCUCUGUUUGCUGGGGUUAUUCUUGCUCAGUACAGUCAUCCAUGGAAACACUGAAGAACUUGGAGUGAAGGCCACUCUGACAGCAGACAGAUUAACCAUACCAGCAGGGGGCAGUGUGACACUGACCUGUGAUGUAAAACACUCUGCUGACUUUGAAUAUGACUGGUUCAGAGAACCCCGAUUAUACUCUAAUCAGAAGAUCGUAGUAGCUGAUGAAUCAAAGAGAGAACUUGUGACCUCUGAAGGCGGCAUCUACAACUGCAGAGGACGUAUAAAAGGGACAAAUUCAGGCUCAGAAGAAAGUGACUCAGUCAUCAUUCAGGAAACUGUUUCCAACAGGAUCGAUGUGAAACUGCAGCACAGCUGGUCUCAGAUAUUCACUGGUGAGACAAUCACUCUCAGAUGUGAGAUUCAGGGAGGUGAAGGAAAGGUGUGGAAAUAUGAAUGGACAGCACCCAACACAAACAGCCCUCCAACAUCCAGUGAAUACAGGAUCAGCAGAGUUUCAGUGUCCCACAGUGGAGACUACAGAUGUCGGGGUAGCAGUGACUAUCUCUUAACAGGAUGGAGUGAUGCCUUCAGACUGACAGUUUCAUAUAAACCAAAGGCCAAACUGAGAGCUGAUAACACAGCUGUUCCAGUAGGGGGCAGUGUGACCCUGACCUGCUCUGUGAACCCAUCAUCAUCAUCUGGAUGGAAAUACUACUGGUACAGAGAUGAGAAAUCCUCUGAAGCCCUGACCACACAAGAUGCAGUUUUCCACUCAAAUGGACAAAUCAGUGUCUCACAGGAAGGACUCUACAGGUGCAGAGGAGGAAGAGGAAACCCAGUUUACUACACAGAGGACAGCCAAGAAGUUCAGAUUAACACAACUGUAACUGUGUCAGGAGCUGACAGCUCUUCAUCUCCUGUGUGGUUGAUGGUUGGACUGGUUUGUGGAGUCUCUCUCAUUAUUAUUCUCCUGCUCUUGUUGUAUCGCUGCAGACAGUUUAAGUAUUCCUGCUUCACCAGGUGGAUCCAGUCUGAGAGUCACAGUCCGGGCUCCUCCACAAAUCAUGGAGUCAACCAGAAUGAAACUCAUGAAUACAACUCUCUUCAUCCUGGUGAUGCUAACCUCUGUGAAUCCAUCACACUAGAGGAAGACACUGGAACUGGUGCAGAUGAACCCCGAGACGUCACAUACUCUGUUAUUACACUUCAAAACUUUGGAAAGAAGAGGAAGCAUCAUAAACCAGAGCAGAGUGCUGUUUACUCUGAGGUGCAGACGGGAGCUGCAGAGGACAGUCUGAUGUAUGCUGAGGUCAAACAGCCCAAAAAAGAAAAAGCCAAGAAAAACAAAGGAAAAUCAAGUCCUGCAGCUGAUGCAGCAGUUUAUUCUGAAGUCACAUCAGGAAGCUCUCUCAGUCAGUGAGGAGAGCUGUAGCAGCAAAGCCAAGAAGAAGCUUUUUAUGAAGCCACUCUUGCUCCUCUGCUCCCCAAAUA